UUCCCCUAGCUGCUCCAGCCUUCAAGAAAGAAUGUCGCAGUUGACGUCAGCCGAGCCCGGUGAUGGGAGGUUCGCAGUAUCAGGGCUGGUCUGGCUACUUUGGGAGUUGAGGGAAUUGGAUCGAAGGCUCUGGGCCAGGCCCGGCCUAGAAGGCCGCCAUGCCUCAUUCCCGACGGGUCAGUCACCUCCUGGACCUAUGCAUUUGGUGCUUGAUGAAGAAUAUUUCCCGAUAUGUCACAGACAUUAAACUUUUGCCUCCCAAUAUAAAAGAUAAGAUGAUUAAAAUUAUGAGUUUUCAAGGGCGAAUAACAGAUUCCAAUAUUAGUGAGAUUUUGCACCCUGAAGUGGAGUUUCUAGAUCUCCGAAGCUGUGAUAUUUCAGAUAUUGCAUUAUUACAACUUUGUAACUGCAGGAAACUGAAGAAAUUAAAUUUAAAUUCCUCAAAAGAAAACAGGAUUUCUGUAACUUCAGAAGGAAUAAAAGCAGUUGCCUCAUCUUGUUCAUUCCUUUCUGAAGCCUCUUUGAAAAGAUGCUGCAAUCUCACAGAUGAAGGUGUCCUUGCUCUUGCCUUCAAUUGUCGCUUACUGAAGGUAGUUGACUUAGGUGGUUGCUCAAGUAUUACUGAUGUGUCCCUACAAGCCCUUGGAGAGAAUUGUUCAUUUUUACAGAGUAUUGACUUUUCUGCUACUCAGGUAACUGACAGUGGUGUGGUUUCACUUGUUAGUGGACUAUGUGCUAAGAAAUUAGAGGAGAUUCACAUGGGGCAUUGUGUAAAUCUGACUGAUGGUGCCGUUGAAGCUAUUCUUACUUGCUGCCCUCAGAUACAUAUUUUACUCUUUCAUGAAUGCCCUUUAAUAACAGAUCAUUCCAGAGAAGUCCUGGAGCGGUUAGUGGGCCCGAACAAAAUCAAACAAGUAACAUGGACUGUUUAUUGAUGCUUAUUAAAAUUACAAUGAUUUUGCCACUUUUUUCUGGAAAUGACUUUGGAGAUUGACUUUCCAUUUUUAUUCCAAGCAUGCCAUAUUGAUUUAUUGGGGUUUUUAAACUAUCGGUCGCAAAAUGACUAGUUAUAUCUGUGGACAUGCUAAAAUUUUGCUUUGAUAGUAAAACUAAACUUUUCCAAAAUGCAAACAAUACUGUUGCCAUUUAUUUUUCUUUAAGGAGUCACUACUUUUUAAAAGGUAUUACUGUUGUGACUAUGACCUUUCUCAUUCUUUGGGUUUUUAUAUUUCUUUACACAGUAAAACCCCAUGUGAAAUAUGUACAGGUUAAAAAUGAUCAAUUUUUCCUGCUGCUUCUCUUUCAUUCCUAAAUAAUUGAUGAAUGACCAUUAGGAAAAUAAAGUAAUUUAAUUAAAUCUCUUCUUAUUCCCACUUUUUUAAUGGUUAAGGGCCCAUCUGCCAAAUAGCAAAUCUGAUCACAAACUCUGAAUUGGUCCUUUAGCCAAACAGAAAACAAACAUUUUAGUAAUAGGAAAUUUAACCUAUCAUUCAGCAAUUUGGUUCUAUCACCAUCCUAUGAUUUGAUUUAUUCAGUUUUUCUUGGCUUUCUUCCUCAAAUAUUUGCAGUUUAUUUUCUUAGAACUGAUGAAGAUGUUAAAAAAAAAAAUUGGGGAUACUUGAAAGAAAAUCAUUAUGAUUAGAUUCAGAAAGACUGAAUGAAGUAAUGCCACAAAGAUUUCUGGUCUGCUUCAUGUUUAGUAGAAAGCAGAAAAUACCCUGUUGUUUGUUUUGUCUAGAUAUUUUAGAUAUUUUAGACCCUUAUUUGGAAAGAAUUAAGGUAGAGCUUUGUAAGCUUUGUAAGAAUAUUUUAGGAAAAAAUUGAUGCUGCUAUUUGUAACAUUUGAAGCAACUACCAGAGUACAGGAAGGUAAGCCUUCAUCAAAACUAAUGUCUGAGGAAAUGCAGGAACAGUGGUGAUUGACUUUCCAUGACCUACUUAAUCCUUUAGGAAUUUGAGCACUACUCAAUAGAUGAACUGCUAUUUUGAUUCCUAAAUAUAAUUUACCAAAAACAAUCAACUAGGAAGGAAAAAGCCACCAUGAGUUAGGAGGAAAUUUGAACUUUAGGGUUGAUUUGUUUUUCAGUAUCAUCAAUGCCACAAUUUAAGUUUCUAAAAUUAUGAUUCAUGAUGACCUUUUUUUUACCUCCAUAAAUAUAGAUGAGAAGUGAAGUCACUAAACUAAGCUACUGAGAGGAAGGUGAACCGAAUUUACUAUAUUUUAACUACAGAACUAAAAUUUAAAAAGUUUGAAGGGUGAUUUCCUGUUACUUCAAAAUUUAUUUUUUACUUCUUCACAUUCAGAAAGGAACUUUUACUUUCCAGAGAAAAAGGAGCCAUGUGGUUAUAUACUGACAAUAUAUAGUUUCCAAAUAAAAUGUUAACCUUAUAUUUCUUUAAAUUGAAGUAAAUAGAUCAAAUGUCAUCACAAAUCUUUUUUUCAGUUAUUCAGGGAUUGAAAGGGCAUUAUGAACUACUAAUUUAUCCCAAUGACCUGAAAGUGGGACUCUUUUUAUUUGUACAUGUUUAGAUAAGCAUUUUUCCUUAAGGAGGAAACUUUAUGGAAUUCUCUUCUUUAAACAUAAAACUUCUGUACUAUGUCAAGCUCUUUCCUGUUUCAUUUAAGCAUAAAAUAUAAAAGAUUGGGGGUGAAGGGAAGGGUGAGUAGAGAGAAUUGCAAUAUAUGGUACAAAGUUGUUAUAAAUGUUUUGAUUGAAGAAAUUUGUAUUCAGCAUUAUUUUUAUUUUAUAUAGUCACCACUGGUUACUUUACAAAUCAUAUUAGUUGACAUUGUUAUUACAAAAAUAAUGUCUUUGUACAAAUGUUUAAAAUGGUUAGGGUUGGGUUUUUUCUUGAGCUUGAUAUUGUUCUGAAAGUUAAAACAAUAAAAUUAAAUGCCAAAUAUACAGCAAA